AGACCUUGAGCUCCCAUUGUACUUCCUCAAAAUUCAGCGGAUAUAAACUCGUCCGCUGACCUACUUCAGCAGCAGAGGAACACCAAGUCAGACUCACAAGUAUUCUCCAAACUCUUCAACUUUUGGACUCAGGAUGUUGGCGUUUGUGUGUGUGUUGUUGCUGGCUACCUCAGUGAAAGGCCAUUUUGAUGAAGCCUCUUUGGAUGCACAGUGGGAAGAGUGGAAGAGCACACACAGGAAAGAAUACAAUGGCCUGGGUGAAGAGGGGAUCCGCAGGGCCAUUUGGGAGAAGAAUAUGCGCAUGAUUGAGGCUCACAACGAGGAGGCCGCUCUGGGCGUUCAUUCCUUUGAGAUGGGGAUGAACCACCUGGGAGACAUGACCUCGGAGGAGGUUGUUGAGAAGAUGACUGGCCUGCAAAUCCCGAUGAACCGUGAGCUCGGUCUGACAAUGGAAAUGGAUGACGUGCCGUCCAGAAUUCCCAAAUCUGUCGACUACCGCAAGAAGGGCAUGGUGACCCCAGUGAAGAAUCAGGGCUCCUGUGGCUCCUGCUGGGCCUUCAGUUCUGCCGGGGCCCUUGAAGGCCAGUUGGCCAAGCAGACGGGUCAGCUCACUGACCUCAGUCCUCAGAACCUGGUGGACUGUGUCACAGAGAACGACGGCUGCGGGGGAGGAUACAUGACCAACGCCUUCAAAUACGUGAAUGAAAACGGAGGCAUUGACUCUGAAGAGGCCUACCCGUACGUUGGAGAGGACCAGCCAUGCCGCUACAAUUCAUCAGGCAUGGCAGCCCAGUGCAAAGGCUACAAGGUGAUCCCAGAGGGCAACGAGAACGCGCUGGCUAUCGCGCUCUUUAAAGUUGGUCCAGUGUCUGUGGGCAUCGAUGCAACGCAGAGCAGCUUCCAGUUCUACAAGCACGGUAUUUACUACGAUCGUCAGUGUAACAAAGAAGACAUCAAUCAUGCCGUGCUGGCAGUCGGCUACGGAGUGAACGCCAAGGGGAAGAAGUACUGGAUUGUCAAGAACAGCUGGGGCGAGGGCUGGGGCAACCAGGGCUACAUCCUGAUGGCACGUAACCGUGGCAACCUCUGCGGCAUCGCCAACCUCGCCAGCUACCCCAUCAUGUGAAGAGAUGAGGGGAAAUGAAGGGGCUUUGCUUAGACUACUACAAAAGACAAAAAUACACUUGGAAAUGUUCUGAGUAAACGUUUCAACACAUCAGGAACCACUACAGUAAAAAUAUGUUUGUUUACACGGAUUUUUCAAACAGGAGAUGAAUUUGGAGUCGCAACACAACGUCAGUGAAAUCGUGUUAAACGUUGAGGAGUAUUAGAUUUGUACAUUUUUACAAAUUUAAAAUCAGGACAUUUGGUUAUUUUGAAGCACUUUUUUCAGUUAAUCUCAGACCUGCAGACCUCUGCUGUGGUCUGUUUAGUAAAGAAACAUAUACAGUUUUAUUUUGUAACUUCAGGGCUUGUUGUUAGCUGAAUAAUUAUAACCCAAAACACAGGCUGGUUUUGUGGCAAGUGGCAAGUUAAAUCUACAUACUUACACAGCAGAACAAACCAUUUUUCAGUAUUUGGCUGGUAGUCAGUGAGAGUUUUAGUCCCUAUUUUUUGUUUUUAUUUACUUUUUGUGCAAAAACAGACAGGAAACAUUGCUGUGCAAUGGGAGCUACUCCAUUCCUGCUGGUAGAGAGUAAUUUCCUAUAAAUCUUAACUAUUUUUUUCUUUUGAUCAAGGGCACUUGUGGUACUGUUCAGCACUUUUCUAAUGAUUACAUUGUAAACAGAUGUUUUCUAUGAAAUUGAAUAAAGGUUUUUUGAAUGCA